ACACUUUUCGGCAUGAAUAAACUGGCCGAAUUCCACAUGUGACCAUACCUGAGAUACACACUCGGGUUUAUUAAUUAUAUUGUCAUACAAGUAAACAAAAAAGACAAAAAUUCUUGGAAUUUGAUUGAUUUCUUCUUGUUUUUUUCAAAAAACCAUAGUUGGGGUCUACGAGAGAAUAGUAAGGGAGAAAAUUAAGUAGAAACAAACAAACAAACAAACAAACAUGAAACAACAAUCACAAAAACAGCAACAUUCCAAUGUUUCUACAACUCAGGAUAAUGUUAUUUCAUCUAAUGUCAAUAAAUAUACGUAUUCAAUUAAUAAUAAGGGACAAGAGAAGAAAAUUAUUGCAUGUCGACAUAAAUCAAAUAUGAAUCAACUAAGAACGAAUGAAAAAUCUGAUCACAAAUUAUUAACCAAUCAAAAAAUAACUGGAAUAGAGAAUACUAUUCAUGUUGUAUCUGAUUCAUAUCAAUGUCAACAAUCAUCUUUAUCUCCUCUCCCUAUUCAAAAUAAUAACUCAAAUUGUUAUGAUUUAAUGAAUAGAAAACAACAAAUGAAACAUAAGGAUUUGUUAUCACGUUCAUUAAAAUUACCAACAUCUAAUGAACAUGAAUGUAAGUUAAAACAAUAUGGAUUAAAUACGGAUAAUAGUCAUCGUGAAAUAAUUCAAGAAAGUUAUACAACAUUAUCUGGACCGAUUACAACUAAUAAUAUUACAAUGACAACAAUUAAUACUAGUACUAGUAUACCGACUAGUUCAGAAAUUCAUGAAUCUAAAUUUUAUCAUCAACCUGAAAAUAUUGAAAAUAUGAAUGCAUUUGGACGUGUUAUUAUUGAAAUCAUCAAAGAAGAAAAGUCUAAUUUAGGGUUAACUGUUUCUGAUAGUUCUAAUCAGGGUGAAGCUCCAGUUAUUUUAAAUAUUCGUCCUGGAAGUAUUGCAGACAGAAAUGAUUGUUUCCUACCAUAUGAUCAUAUUUUAUCAAUGAAUUUCAUGAAUAUAUCAAGUGAAAACUCUACUUCAAAUAAACAUUUGGGAUCUAAAAUUCAGAUGGAAAUUGGAUAUGAAUUACCAGCAUUACCUCCUGUUGGUUGUACCGUUAAACACAUGGUUGUCAAUUUGAAAAUUAGUUCUGAUGGUGUUGGUUUAGUUGUUCGUGGUGGAUGGAAUAAAUCACCAUUACUUAUUCGACCAUUAACUGUUAUGCAUAUACGACAAAAUAGUGCUGCUGACUGUGACGGACGAAUAAAACCUGGGGAUCGUAUACUCACAAUUAAUAGUAUACACACAGGACAAUUAACUUGUGAAGAAGCAAUGAAAUUAAUACAGUCUAUUAGAAAUUGCUUAACACUAACUAUAGAGUACAAUGUAGCUAAUUUCGAAGAGGAUCGUCGUAUAUCUGGUGCAGUUGUAGUUGAAAUUGAAAAACCAGCCAAUGAAGAUUUAGGAAUUAGUUUAGCACCAUGUCAUGAAGUGAAAACUGGUCAAAAUGCAUUUUUCAUUGAUAAUAUCAGACAAGGAAGUAUAGCCGAUAGAUGUGGAGCUUUAUUUGAAGGUGAUCGAGUUGAAUCCAUCGAUGAUAUAUGCGUAGAAAAUAUUAAACUUCAAGAAGCAAUGUACAGAUUAAAAAAUAAUGGUUUAAAUGUAAUACGUUUACAAAUUGUACCAAAUGCUAUAAUGAAUUCAGAUAAAUCAAUACAGAAUAAUUCAGAAUGUUUAAAAUCCAUGAGAUCUCUAAGAUCAGCAACUCCAUUGAGUAGUACACCAACAGCGGCUUGUCGAUGUGAAGAAGUUGAAGUGCUACUUGAGCCAUAUGAAUAUAUAGGCUAUGGAUUUACAUUGAUUGCUCCAAUAUCAAAUCAGUUCUCUUUAGAACUGACCAGUUUUCCCUUGAUCGAUCAAGUGGAUCCACGUGGACCAGCAUUUAAAUCUGGCGUUAUUCAAGAAGGUGAUAGAGUAAUAUGUAUUAAUGGUCAAUCUACAUUAAAUAGAACUAUUGAUGAAUUAAUUCAAAGAUAUUUAGAACCAACUGAUUUUGAAAAGAAAUACUUUCGUGUUCAAUCAUUAACACUUUUGAUACAGUAUACUGUAGCAGAUUCAGUGGUUCCUGCAACGGGCAUUUUUGAUGUCAAAUUAAUAAGAAGAUCGGUUAGUUUAGGUAUUAAUCUUCAAGCGUCAAUCAAUAAAACAUCUGGACAACCUUUAUUAAUUAGUAAAGUGAUUCCUGGUAGUGUUGCAAGUCGUAGUGGUUCUAUCAAUCCAGGUGAUAUACUAUUAGCUGUGAAUGGUAUUCAUCUUUCAUCAUGUAGUCUUUCUGAGGCGAUACAACUUUUACAAUCACCAGAUGAUGAUAUAAUAAUAUUGAGAAUACAAAAAAUGGAUACUUAUUCAUCAAAAACAGAAUUAGAAAUAAAAUAUGGUUCUGAUAGUUCGGUUGUACAUGAUUAUCUCUAUGACAGACAACAACAACAACAACUCCAACAUCAACAUCAAAGAAAACAGUUGUAUCGAAAAAGUUUUGAUGAAAAUUUAAUGAAUAAGUGUUUAAAACCAGAAACACAGUUUAGAACACCUCAAAAUGAAGAUACUAACAGCAGAGAUAAUUCAAAUGAGGAAACAAAGAAAUUAUCAGACAAUAAUAUUUCAUCUGCAUCAUCAUUUUCUCAUAAUCAAUCAGCACGCAAAUCAUAUCAACAUCAUCACCACCAUCAUCAACCACAACAGCAUUCUCUUGUAGUACAACAGUGUCCAAUUGAAAAAUUAUUUCCCAGUGAUCUAGGAGAUUCUGAGAAAUUAUAUAGAUAUCCAACUGGUACCAGUAAUAGUCCAACAGUGCAAGAUCAUACACACCGAUUUCAUCAAUUUCAAAAUGUCAAGAGUCAAAGAACUAACCAAGAUGAACUAAAUCAAAAUCAGUUCGAUAAUCAGCCUAAACAAUUCAUGAAUUCUAAAUCAGAUUAUUCAUUGGAACCUGAUAUAAAUGUUGUUCAAGUAAUAUUACGACGUAAAUCAUCUAAUUGUCCAUGGGGUAUUACUAUUUGUGGAACAGAUGAUGCACCAGAUAUACCAGUAUUAAUUGAUUCAUUAAAUCCUGGUGAUCCUGGAGCUGAAUGUGGUUUAAUACAUCCUGGUGAUAGAAUAUUAGCUAUAAAUGGUAUUACAUUACAUAAUGGUCAUACAUUAACACAAGCAAUGCGUAUGUUACAACAUUAUCCAGAUAAAGUUAUAUUACAUAUUGCACGUAAAUCGAAUUCAUUUACUACAACUUCUAUUGCUAGCACUACUACAACAUCUAUUAGUAUUGGUACAAUGCAUAAUAAUACAAUUAAUGGACAGAAACAACCCAUAAAUCACUUUCCUUUAUCUAGAAAAUGUACACUUGUAAAGGCUGUAGCUACAAGCAAUUUCAGUAGAUCCUUUGAUUCAAUAUCAAAUAGUCUCAGUUCAAAUUCUGUAUCGAAUAAUAAUAUUGUUGAGGGACAACUUUUAACUGGACUUACACCACAGAAUAAUGAUAAUAAUAAUAAUAAUAAGUAUAACAAUAAUAUACGACUACAGAAUCAUAGUGAUGAUUCAAAAAUAUCUGUACAAAAGUUUAAAACAUUAUAUGAUCCUAACCAAUGUGCACAAGUUACGGAUACGUCAUGGGCAAUUUCAAGCAGUUAUCCAGAUAGAAGUGUUGUUAGUGAAUCAAAUACACUGAAUCGUUCAGUUCCAAAAUCCUCUACAACUAUUUUGAGUUCAGGACCUGGAGCUAUGUAUAUUCAUCAAGGAAUAUCACCUAAAAAUACACCUAGUGAGAAUUUAAAUGUAAAAGUACCAUCAAAUAAAUCUCGUACAAAAACAAUAAAAUCUCGUCAUCGUUGUUCAUCAUCUUCUUCAAAACGUCGAACACAUUUACCAUCUACUGAUGAGCAUCAAAUUAAUGAAUUAGAAAAAUCAAAGUAUUCACAAUUAUUUAUUCAACAAUAUUCAGAUACUACAACAAGUGAAUUAAAUGAUGAUGAAAAUAUUCAAGAACAACAAAAUAAUUCUAAUCAACCAUUUAUACAUCAACAUCAUCAACUAUCAUACAAUUAUUUGGAUCAUCCAUAUAUACAAUCGAAUAAAGAUUAUUUACAAAUGGAUUUAAAUUUUAUUCAAUGUUCAGGUUGUCGUAAAGCAGUUGAAAAAGAAAUUAAAUAUUAUUUAUUAAAACAACAAAAAUCUUUUGAAACUACACGACGAGCUUCAUCAUCAAAUAGAAAAGAGUAAGUUCUUGAUCAUGAUUAUUACUUCAUUUAUUUCUAUAUGCAUAAACGAUGCAAUCAAAUUAUUUUUUUUUGUUUUAACAGAAUAUUUUAUCAGUUAUUAUCUAUAUUUUGAAUAUAAUACUCAUCAAGGAGUGACAUGACCUAGAAAACUAUUGAAAGUCUGGAAGUUUGAGGAUGGCCAGUUUGAAAAUCUAGGCUAUCUGUUCCUCGUAUCUGGAUAUUUUAACAAGUUAUCUGUUUUCUUGUUUGUUUUAACACAUCAUUAUUAUCCUCAUUAGUUGCAUAACCUAUUUAAGAGCGUUUUUCACUAGUUUUUGACAUUUCGCUGUACAAUUUACAGAAGGGCCCAAUCAGAGAUAUCAUGUUGGCAAUAUGCAUUGGAAAGAAUGCACAUUAUUCAAAUGUCAAUUCCUGAACUGCUAACAUUUAACUGGGGACCACUCAAUAUUUAUCGCAAGGAUCAAUCAAGAAAUAAGAAAAGGAAACUUGUUGAAAUAUUUUAUGCUGAGAAUUCUAUAUUGUACCAAAAGUAUAAUAUUGAAUAAAGCCAAUAAUAAUUAGAUACAUGUCUCAAUUCAGAGUGACUACUCAAGAGUCCUCAACUUUGACAAACACACUUAGCUUAAUUUAUUACUUUUGUAUAC